AUGUUCGGUGGUUGGGCUGCGCCAGGCGUGGGUGGCGCAGGUGCCAGCGGCGCGCUGGCGGGGCCCGCGGGCGGCCUUCUGGGCGUCGGCGCGGGUGGGGCCGCUGGCGGCUUCGCAGCCCUGCCCCCUGGCGCAGGCGGGAUGCAGGGCCGCGGCGGCCGCGGGCGCUGGAGGCGCCGCGGGCGCGGCUGGAUCUGGCGGCGCGCGGGCUGCAAGCCGGCGAUGGGUGGCAUCGGCAAGCCCGCUCGAGGGGCGGCGGGCGUGGCCCCUGGGCUGCCUGGAGUCGGCGCGCUCGGAGGCGGCUGGGGCGCGCCGCCGUGGGGCGCCGCGGGCGGAGCUGGGCAGCUGGGCUUGGCCGGAGGCUUCCCCUGCGGGGCGGCGGCUGGAGGCCUGCUUGGGAUGCCCGCGGGCCUGCCUCCAUGCGGCGGGGCAUUCGGCAUGCCCGCGGUGGCGGCGCCAGCGGGCUGUGGAGGAGGUCCUGGGCCUUGGAACUACCUCCCGCUGGCCCCGUGCGCGCUGCAGCAGCUUCAGCUCCAUCCUGGAGCGAUGCUGGAGGUCGCCGCGUGCGAUUCGUGGGGCCUGCCUAGCGGAACCGCGGAGUUCUGCGUGUCAGGAGCCUGGCCCGCUGACGCUGCAGGCCAUUUCGUGGAGGCGACGGUGGAGGCUUGCAGCCAGGCGCAGUUCUUGCCCGUGCUGCAGGGGCUCUUCGCCAUGGGCGCGUCGUUCCUGCACUUGUGUGCGCGGGCGGUGAGGACUUGCCACCUUGCUGCCAAGUGGCCCAACAGGAACGUGGUGCCCUCGGACACGGUGAGAGUUAAGGCGGUGCCAGGGGACUUCCUGCAGGUGAGGGCGGCGCCGCUGCAGGCGCGGGCCCCGCAGGAGGUGGCGCUGGCGGUCCAGCGGCUGCCGAUGGCGCUGACGGCGGAGGCGGCGGCGCGCGCGCUGAG